GCGGCAUGAACGCGAGAGUUAGCAGCGCGUAGGAGAAAAGUACAAAUUUCUGGUUCUGGAUGGGACCGAGAAGGGUGUGUCACGGGGUUGCACGACGUUCUGGUGGUGAGAAUAUGCACCAUGACUACUUCUCCAAGAACACCCUCUGCUUCCAAAAAAUCAAACACUCCAUAUGGCUCGUCCAAGGGUGCUGUGCCCCCUUCUCCUCACCAAAGUGAUUCUACCCCUCUUCCUUCAAUCAAUGAACGCCUGGCCUACCUUCGCCCCUCCCGGGAGCUGCUGGAGUACUAUCGAAAGAAGAUCGCAGAAUUUGAUGAAGAGCAUGAGGCACUGGUGAAACGCUUGGAGACAUACAAAGCAUCUUAUGAUGAUCAGCACAAGUUACAAUGGGAAAUGCGUCAGCGAGAAGAAGAAAUUGCAGAACUGCAGAAGGCUUUGAGUGACAUGCAGGUAUACCUUUUUCAAGAAAGAGAGCAUGUGCUGCGCCUUUAUGCUGAAAAUGAUCGGCUGAAAAUCAGGGAAUUAGAGGACAGAAAGAAGAUUCAGCAUCUUUUGGCUUUAUUAGGAACAGACAGUGGUGAAAUUACCUAUUUUCACAAGGAGCCACCAGAUAAGGUCACUAUACAUCAACAGCCAACCAAGAACAGAGAUUUACACGAUAGAUAUGACAAACACACUUCAAAAAUAGGUACUAAAAAUUCUGCCUUAAAAAAUAAAGGAGAGAAGCCUGAAAGUGGAGAUAGAUACCAAAGAGACAACCAAACACUCUUAUUACAGGUGGAAGCUCUUCAGGCUCAACUAGAAGAACAGACCAAGUUGUCAAAGGAGCAGAUUGAAGCACUGCUAGAGGAUCGACGCAUCCGUAUUGAAGAAACUCAGGUGCAGCAUCAGAGGGAUCAGGAGAAGAUCAAAGACAUUACUGAAAAAUACCACAAAGCUCAAAAUUUGCUAUAUGAGAGUACCAGAGAUUUUCUGCAGAUGAAGUUUGAUGCACGAGCAAAUGAAAAAUCCUGGAUGGCAGAGAAGGACACUCUGCUGAGGAAGAUGGACAAAUGUAAAUGUGCACCCAAACAGAGCAGGAUUUGUCAGGACAGCAGUCUGGUCCAGGACCACAUCAAUCGAAGUCAGGAAAGUGGUCAGAGCUGGAGGGAUACUAGCCCAGAGCAGCAGGACACUAGCCCGGAUGAGAGGGAAAGUAGUCCAUGUCAGCAGAGUUUCACCAAGAGAUCGCCACCCUGCAGGAGGGUUGAAGUCUUCAAGAAGAGGAAACCGAAAGCUGCCAGACGUGUUUCUCAAGCAGAGCAUGGCAUUUAUAAAGUAUAUGGGGCAAAGAUUAAGGGAUUACAAGAUCGAUUGACACAAGAGCAGACAUUAGCAAACAUGUAUCGAGAGCAGUGUGUUUCAUUGGAAGAGGAGUUGGCUAAGAUUCGGGAGGAAGGAGAUUUAGGUCGAGAGAUCUUCAAGCAACGGUCAGAAAAGAUGGGGAAACGGCUACAGCUAAUGACCCAGCGCUAUGAGGCACUGGAAAAAAGGCGUGCCAUGGAAGUAGAAGGGUUUAAAACUGACAUUAAACAACUCCAACAAAGGCUGCAGAAUGUAGAGAAGCAACUUUUCAAGGUGGUAAUGACUGUGGGCCCUGACCAAGAUCUUGCAAUUCUACAUGAAGUUCGCCAAGGAAAUAAGAGAACUAAAAAGAUACAAGGAGAACUUAAAAACUUAAAAUCAAAGAUAUAUGGGCUGGAAAAUGACCUACGAGUUUGUUGAUAAGGAUAUGUCACUCAGAAUGAAUGGUGUUGAUAAAGACCUGUCACUGCAACAACCUUUUUACAUCGUUUAUUUUAUACAAAUUAUGUAGUCUGCAGUGAGUAUAGCACAUAACAUUACAUUCCAGGGCUGAAGAAAACAAUUAAAACUUGUGUGAGAUUUGAAAUGAAACUCUUUCUACCUUUCUGAAUGAGUACCUAGAUUUGGUCUCUGCUUGUGAUGUUGACUUAUGCUCAUAUCAACACAGAGAAAUUUGGUAACUGCUUUUGCUGUGCUAUAGGAGAUGUAGUCUGUAGGAACUUUUUACUGGCUAAGAAUGGUAUGUCAUACAGGGAUCCCAAGAAACCAGUUAGGUGGGUUAUGUGUCCUCUGUAUCUUAGUUAUUAUGGAGAAGAAAGGAAUUUCUAAAUGACUCUCAGGAAUUGGACUGCAAAGAAGGAUUGAUACCAACUUCUAUAGAGAAGAGAAACUCUUAUAGUGAGCCAUAAGGACAAUUUAACUGUAUUUUUCAAAAUCAGAACCAUGUUCUUCAAAUAACUGCUACUCUGAGUUCUCUACAAAUUUGUAGCCCGAUUUAAGGAGAAGCAUAGAUCAAGAUGAAUUUCAUCAUAGAUGGUAGGACUGCAGCCUAAAACACAGUUCUAUUGCCCAGGAUAAAGAGUGUGUAGGGUUGCAGUUUUGUACACUAAAAGGGAAGUCAGUCCCAUUGAGCUGAAACUUGUUUCUGAAUAAACUUGCAUAGGAUUAAGUUAUAAAACAGAUGCUUUCUAGCAUGGGUAAUUCUUAUGUUUUCAUGGGUAUAAUUUUUUUUUUUGCAGAAAUCCUUCUGAAGCCAGAAAAUAAUUAUGAUACAUCUAUUGUUUCUACUCUGCUAUAACAUUAAA